AUGGAAGAAGCUACCUUGGGCAGUAUUUAUCAAGAAAUAUUGCCCUCUGAACUCAGUAUAGACAAGGAGGUGACAGAAGAAAAUAUAUUUGGACAAGGGUCAGACAGACUGGCUUGGUUUUGGAGGGUGAAUAAUGCCAACAAAGGUCAAGAAGAUGCUUGGAUGGAUGAAUUCUACAGAGUCAACUGGUUGAAGGCAAAGGCUAGAUGGAGUAGAUGGGAAAAAGAAUUGAGUCAGGUAAGACAUGAAAUGGGUUGGACCAUCAACUGGUUCAAGUAUCACCAGAAAGAGUGGAACAGAAGGUGGCAGCAAGCAACUAGACCAGGUCAUCAAGCCUAUGCUUAUCAACAGGUCUUGAUGUGGGGAAGGUUUUCUCAGGAUGCUGAGAAGACUUUCAAUGGGUGUGGAUUUGUACCUUGA